GUAUCAGGAGGCAUUCCGCUUUUUGGCAACCGAGUCGUGCCUUCAAAAUUCGCUAGAAAUGUUCUAAUAAUUCAAACUUUGACACGUUCGCUACAUGGAAUGUCACUCUGCUCUUACCAUGGCUGACUAUGGCUCUUCGCUGGACGUUGACCUCUCGUCUAAACGCGACCGGCGCCGAUUUUUCGGCCCCUAUUUGUGUAGCUAGCGUUAGCCACCUCGGUUAACACCAGUGCUCUUCACCAAAAGGCAAGCCGGAGUUGGUUCGUCGCUAUGCGACAACCAGUCGCAAAGUGAGGCGGCUCCGGCCGGAGCUCGCAGUCGACAAGAGGAAGAAACGACCGAGCACGGCGGUUGUUUCAGUAUCUUCCAAACCGCUCUCGUGGGAAGAGACUUCAGUGGCAAUGGUACGCCUGGCGAAUAGUUAGUUAAACGCGGCUCCGGGUUGUUUGAGCGAUGAAGCGUCGGCGGACAAUACGCCGCUGAAGGUCUCCCUUGACUUGGGAGGUAAAGGUACAAUCAUGUCGUGUAAAGCCGCCACCAAGGACAAGAAGACGAGCUUCGGAAAAAAGCUUUUCAGGCGAGGCUCGGUGCGCUCCGUGGGUAGUUUUAUGAGCAGAGUCUUGAGGACGCUCACAGCCUUGUCCCACUUUGGUUCGGAAGUGCAUACGGACGAAGACAAUGACGAUGGGGGCUUCUCCGCGUUUCAGUCCGGACUUCAGGAAGCACCUUUGCACGACGGUGACCUCGGGCUGUUCCUCUCCGGCGAGAGGAUUCCUGGCGUGGCCGGGUUGAAGAACCAUGGCAAUACCUGCUUCAUGAAUGCUAUUCUGCAAUGCCUCAGCAACACGGAGCUUUUUGCCGAGUACCUCGUCCUGGAGCACUACAGGGAAGACACGGCAAACGAGGAGGACAAACCAAAGACAAAUGGUGUCCAUCUGCAGAAGAAAGGUUCCCAGGCCAAGGGGGAAGUGACAGAACAACUGUCUGACCUUGUACGGGCCUUGUGGACCUUUGAGUACACCCCCCAACACAGCCGAGACUUUAAGAACGCUGUGUCCAGGAACGCUACUCAAUUUAAAGGUAACUCUCAGCACGACGCCCAGGAGUUCCUACUGUGGCUGCUAGACCGAGUGCACGAGGACCUCAACACUGUCAACCCCAUGGGCAGGCCAACCUUGAGGCCACCUAUCGAAGAAGAUGACCAAACCAAAGAGGGACCCUCCCCGCCCCUCUCGGCUGGUUCAUUUGUUCAGGAGCUCUUCCAGGCUCAGUACAGGUCUUCCCUCACCUGCCCCCAUUGCCAAAAACAGAGCAAUACCUUUGACCCCUUCCUCUGCAUCUCCUUACCCAUCCCACUGCCACACACGCGGCCGCUAUACAUCACAGUGGUCUACCAGGGAAAGUACUCUCACUGUUUGAGGAUAGGAGUGGCAGUACCCCUUAACAGCACAGUGUACCGCCUCCGAGACGCCGUUUCGCGAGAGACCAAGAUGCCAAUGGACCAGUUCAUUCUAACUGAAAUGUACUACGACGGCUUCCAUCGUUCCUUCUGUGACGAUGACGACGACCUGGAUAUCAUCCAAGAGAGCGACUCCAUCUUUGCCUUCGAGACACCGGAGACAUUUAAACUGGACAACCUACGCACAAAAAGAGGAAGUCUACUGGCCAACCUGACACACAACAACUUGAGGUGCAGUGUGGAAAAUGUCCGCUCGUCAUCUUUUAUGCAGGGGAGUGGGACCCCUAUGGCAUCGCCCAAUAAGAACCUUGCACCUGAAAAAAUGAUCCUGCUGGUGUGCAACAGAGCCUGCACAGGACACCAGGCAAAAAGGUUUGGACUGCCUUUUGUACUUUACAUGGAGCGAACAGCCACGUGGGACAUGCUGCAGAAGGAGAUACUGGAAAAAAUGCGGCACCUUUUACGACCAGGUGUUUACAUUCAGGUGGGGCCUUUCAGCCUCCGCGUGGUUGGCGUUGUUGGGAUCACCUACCUCCUCCCACAAGAUGAGCGACCCUUGUGUCACCCCACAGUUGACAGAGCAUACAAGUCCUGUGGACAGGGUGGACCGCCCCAUGUGAAGAUUGUGGUGGAGUGGGACAAAGAAACCAAAGACUAUCUGUUUGGACACACGGAGGAGGAGUACAUACCCGACGCUGAGAGUGUGUACCUGCACAGAGAGCAGCACCACCAGCCACAGGCCUGUACUCUGGCUCAGUGUUUCCAUGUCUACACUAAAGAGGAGCAGCUGGCCCCGGAUGACGCCUGGCGUUGCCCCCAUUGCAAACAGCUGCAACAGGGGCGCAUCAAGCUCAGCCUGUGGACGCUGCCGGAUGUGCUCAUACUGCAUCUCAAAAGGUUUAGGCAGGAGGGUGAGCGCAGGGUGAAAAUGCAGAAUAUGGUGAGGUUUCCUCUCAUGGGUAUGGACAUGGCACCUCACAUGGUGAAGAGAAGCCAGAGCAGCUGGAGUCUACCCUCUCACUGGUCACCGUGGAGAAGACCCUACGGCCUGGGAAGGAACCCUGAUGACUUUCUGUACGAUCUCUACGCUGUAUGCAACCACCACGGAAGCAUGCAUGGGGGCCAUUACACUGCUUACUGCAAAAACUCAGUUGACGGUCAGUGGUACUGCUUUGACGACAGCGAGGUUGCACCGGUGGCUGAUGAAGAUGUGUGUCAACAGACUGCCUACAUAUUGUUUUAUCAACGCAGGACUGCCAUUCCCUCCUGGUCUGCCAAUAGCUCUGUUGCAGGGUCUACCAGUUCUUCUCUGUGCGACCACUGGAUCAACAGGCUGCCUGGUAGCAAACCUGCUAGUCUAGCGUCCGGGGCCUCAUCUAGACGCACCUCACUGGCUUCGCUGGCGGAGUCGGUGGAGUUCGCUGGAGAACGUAGUGAAGACGAUGGUGGUUUCUCCGUGCGACCCUUCGUGAGGAGCAUCCAACGUCAGAGCGUGACUUCCAGAUCGUCAAUUGCCAGCCCGUUGGCCUUCAGCGACAGCAGUAUCAAGCCCUCGUGGUCGCUUGCAGCCAAGCUUCAAAUGCGCCCCAACUCGCCCUCUCGUUUCUCCCUGGACUCGCGUUGCUCUCCGCCUCUGGAGAGGAUCGGCGAGGCUUGCGACGACCGUGUGUCCACUUCCUGUUUUGGCAGCUACAGCCGACACGAACGCUACUUCGGUGCUAGGACGCCACUGUCCGCGGUGGAAACCAACUACAGCGAGCAAGAGAAUAACAAAAGAUUUCUGGACAUGAUGUAUUGCCGUGCUCCUACGCCUGUGGAGAAGACGACGGAAAACAACAACCAGAUUACAGCGAUAGACCAAAAUAUUCAAAAUGCCCCUGCCAAGGAGCAGAAGCGUAAGAGCAGCACUGGCAGUUUUGUCUCCAAGGCGGAAAGCGCUGGCGCCACCAAAACCACCAAAGUGGAGCCAGGAAAAACUUCUAAGAAGCGCCUAUGCUCCACCCAAAAACCUUCGCCUUCGGAGACGCCCACAAGCACACCUGUGAAAGGUAAAAAGGUGACCACCGCUAAAGAUAAGAGCGACAAGAAAAGCCCCUCUACACCCAGCGGGACCCCCUCCAAAACCAAGGAGUCGCUCCAGCCUCAGUCCACGCCGCAACAUCGGCUCUGCUUGCGCUCCACACCUCAAUCGUCAGCGUCGCCUUCCUCAACAACUAAGAAGAACCCUGGUGUUCCUGAGAAAAACUCAGAGAACAGCCGCAAGCGUCUGGUCGAGAGGAGCUACAGUCGGGAUUCUGUGGUCAGCAUGCAGCGAGAAAGCGUCACGGCACGCUCUUCUUUCCACAAGGCAGCGGACGGCAGCCGGCCCGAGCCAAGGUCAGUACGCAGCUCCAGCAGCAGCUCCUCCGUCACCAGCUUGCGCUCGCCCAGUGUGUCCUCCAGAGACCUGCAGCGAAGCAGCAAGUCGGAGGAGAAAGGCUUGUCCUUUUUCAAGAGUGCCCUGCGACAACGGGAAAGCCGCCGGUCGGCUGACUUGGGGAAGAGCACGCUGCUCUUCAAAAAGGCCUCGGAGAGGACGUGCAAGCAGAACGGACAGGUCAAGGAUGCUGGCGUUGAACAUGAAACAGCAUCGGACGCCCCGGCUCUUCCGCCGAAUGCUGAAACUACAAAAUCGGAACCCCUCAAGCCUUCGGGCCCACUCGGUCGAUCCCUGCUGCACGUCGGUAAGUCAAAAUCUUCCUCGGCCGACGUGAGUCUCAAGUCUCCCGCUAACGGGAAGAAGCCCCUCGAAAAGAAGACGUCUUCCCGGAAACUGUCGCUAGGCACGCAAUCGCCCGCGCGAGCCACCCGGCGGCCUCAGUGACAAGGUUAACGUACGUACUUCUUUCUGAAUGCAGCUACUGUACAUUCUUUGUGCCUACUACCUUUACACAUAGCGAUAAUUAUUCAAACUGUACAUGCUAACUCACGGGGAAAAACAGGCUGGAUUUACACUGCAAGUUCAUGUGCCCAACAGGCAACUGUCAAAAACUAUUUUGCUUGUGUGUCUAAUUUGACCGUUUUUUUGUUUUUAAACCAGUGUAUGUAUUUUUUGGGACAGAAUCGGAUGUAUAUACAGUGAUACCUCAGCUCACGAACGCUUAAGCUCACAAACUUUUCGCCUCAAGAACAUUAAAUUCGCGAGCAUAUAGUCUCUGCUGACGAACUAGUUUUCGGCGGACGAACCAAUUCACGCGGUCGAAAAGCGCCACGAGAAGCUGACGCACGCUCACGGCGUCCCAGUUCAUCCCCUCACUUUCGUUGAGUGCGGACCUGGUUUGUGUUUGAUAGACAUUUUGGACCAUAUUGAGUGUACUUUUGCUAUUAUGGGACCGAAAAAGAGUUACCUAGAGUCCUUAUGGAAGGUGACUCGUGUUACCAAUUCGCCCUCGACUGGUAAUUGGCGGUGCUUUCAGCUUCCCACCGUAUAGUGACAAGUGGACCGGCGAGUCACGUUGGCUCGUUGUCGUCGGUUGUCUUCGGUUCGCCCGAUUUCCUCUCCAGAAAGGUGGCGGCGUGCAUACAAACACCCAGAGGCGUCGGAUGGCUUUUUGUGGGCACUUUUAUUAACAACCAAAAGCAUGUGGGGGGCACAGCAGUGGAGUCUACGCUAACUGCGCACUUUGCCUGUAACACUCUCCUUCCAAACAGUAACUCCCUCCCUCCCUCCUCCUCCCACUCCAUUCCAUCAAGCCAUCAACUACCAUCACAAAGGUAAAUAAAACGACUUUAUUAUACAGUACAGUUUAUUUCUUUAAUUAUAAUACAAUAGCACAUUUAUUAUACAUAAAAUAAGGUAUAUUUUUGUGUAGUUUUAAGGCUUAUUUAGUAGAAAAUUAUGUUUUAUGGGACCUGGGAACGGAUUAUUCUCAUUUUAAUGGUUUCUUAUGGGAAAUAAAUGUUCGGAAGACGAACUUUUCGCCUUACACACACUUUCUGGGAACCAAUUAUGUUCGUGAGCUGAGGUAUCACUGUACAUCAAUCGGUGUAUUUUAUUGACAAGUCAGGGUAGGGGACAUCCAAUUUGGGUGUUUAUGCUGCAUUCAUAUAGGCAGAUAUUUGAUACAUAUCAGUUUUUUUAACCCACAUUUGUAAGGUUAUGGUUGAUUGUGGCGCGCUUAUCACAUUUGAGCCACUUGACAACUCACUUGAAACAUGCAGUUUGGAUCCAGCCUAAGACUAUAUUUUAAUUGAAUUAUGGACUUCAACUUUUCUUUUAUGAUAUCGCGAUAAUGUAAUCUGCAGUAGAUUCCACAUACAAAGUUAGCAACACCCGCAAAAAGUGUUUCAUAGCUACAGAUUUGUUUAAAAAUAAUUUCAGCACUACUGAAUUUGAUCUAACAAAGCUAUGGAGAAAAAGUGGCUUCAUCAUGACCAACAUAUCCAACAUCCAUCGUAGCUAGAGUCAGAUUUGUUCAAGAAUUUUCAGAUAUUUUAAAAAUAUUUUUGUUGAAAUGUUUUUUAUAUGAACUUUUUUUUUUAAAACAUUUUGGAAUGAUGACCUUUUAAAAAUAGAAAAUAUUUAAAUAUUAGCUAUAAAUAUGUCUGUAUAGGAGGUACAGUGUAUGUUAUGAACUCUUGAUUUUAAUGGCUUUCCAAAAGAAAAAAUGGAAAUGUUAUCAAGCGCCUUUUCAACACUAGUAACGCAAACUCAUAACUAGUCUACUACUGUAUGCAUCACUGAGUAGGAAUGUUGUAUUGUUCUGCACUUUGAGUAGAUGACUAGUUUCCUCUCUUCCAAUAACUCAUGUAGAGACAACACUAGAAACUUUAACAAUGUAACCUUUUCAUGCGUCUUCUCAGCAUCAUGUGGUUUCAUGUCUUAGCCUAGCGACUAGAAUAAAAGGGUACAUCCAUGUCACGUGACAUGACAUCCCUCACCCCGCGGUGCUGCUCCAUUCUGACUGAUUUCAAAGCAAAACUCAGUAGAACCCAUUUGUCAGCGUCUAACCUAACUUGUAACCUCUGCAUACUUUUUCUGCCUAAAAAUGCUUUUAUAGUAAUAACAUGUAUUUUCUAAUCUGAGAAUUAACAAUGUACGAAACCUUAAUAUCCUCAUUCUGAUGCAUUUUCUUGAUAGAGCAAGUGUUUUUUGUUUUGAAUUUGACAGUCCAGUGUGUAAAAGUCUACACAAAUCUGCGUACACACCAGAGGUGGGUAGCAACCUCCGUUACAUUUACUUGAGUAAAUAUUUGAGAAAAUUUUACUUUUAAGUGUAGUUUUUCCACCCCACACUUUUUAAUUUUAUUUUAGAUUUGUGAACAUGAAACGCUACUCUUACUCCGCUACUCUGGGCGAUACUAGUCAUUACAUUUUUCAAAGCCUGCAGCUAUCGAUUAUUUUAGUAGUCGAUUAAUCGAUGAACUAGUUCGAAUAAUCGAGUAAUCGGAUAAGGAACAUAAAAAAAUGAAAAUACCUCACCUUAGCCUCAAACGGUAUAAAAAAAAUAAAUAAAUGAGGAUAUACGUAUGUACAACAAAAGAAAAGAACAAUUGGCUCACUUACAUAGCAAAAGUCCGCUAAUUGAAAUGCUGUAAAAUGCCACCGUUUUUUUUUUUUUUUUUUUUUAAACAAUGCUCUUAAAUAGUUCAAACACAUAUUCCCACAAAAAAUGGAUAGCUAAAUAUACCUUCAAACUAAAUUACGAAUUCAUUAAAAAAAAAAAAAAAAAAACAUUAGCUUGAACAAAAACUUAGCUUAUGCUGGUCUUAACAUGGGGCAGCUGGAUUCAGCCAUGUGAAAUGAGGCAGACUAGAGGACAGUGUGUCCACCCAAAUCAAUAAAACUAAAUGCAAACACUUUCAAAACAAACCAUUACAACGUCACUAAUUAAACGAUUACUCGAGGCAGCAAAAUUUAAUUUGAAUACUUUUUUUUCUUAUCGAAUACUCCAGUUAAUCGGUUAAUCGUUGCAGCACUAGAUUUUUCCUAUUUAUUCUACAUAUUGACUUUAUUUUUGCCAGAGAUGCCAACAGUGGCUCUACCCGUUUCACCAAUUGAGAUGUCGCAGCAAUAAUCACAUGACUCCAUUAUACCAAUAAGACAUAACAAUAAUAUAAUUAGGCCGGCCUGUUCAAUCACGUGGCGUCUUUAAAGAAGUAAAAAUCAAACUAUAUGACAUAGUCAACAUUACUCAAAAGCGCAGAUUUGUUUGAAACUUUCUCGGAAGUUUUUAUUUGGCAGCCGAUUUAUUUGACACAGAUGUUUUCAAUUCAUGGUAGGAAAUGUUUUUUUUUCUUCACUAGAGGGCAGGCUUGCACUUUGGACGGGUAAUGUUUCAUUUUCUAGUUUGAUUUUAAAGAUUAUUGUUCAUUUUUUUUGGCCCAAUAUGGUCAUGUAAUAGGUUAUGGAACAGUAUAAUAAUAACAGUUCAUAUAGAUGAUGAUGUGCUGAGAAAAAAAAAAUACCAUUGUUUAAAACAAAAAAAAAAUCACUGUUACUCAUUACCUGAGUGAUAUUUUGAAGUAGCGCUACUCUUACUUCAAUAAAAAAUUUGGCUACUCUACCCAUCUCUGGUACACGUGUACAGAUUUCCAAAAUUGUAACUGAGAAAUCACAAACGCUGACUGAUUGACGAUUAAUUUGAUAAUGGAUUAACUAUUGCCUAUUCACCCGCUGUGGAGAAAACAACUACAGUAUUGGCCCGAAUAUAAGACGGGGUUUUUUGCAUUGAAAUAAGACUGAAAAAGUGGGGGUUUUCUUAUAUUCGCGAUCUAGACAUUAUACCCAUUCAUGACGGUAGAUGGUGCCAGAUAUCAUUGAAGCGAUGUUCUGUCAUGAGCAGAGGUUGCGCUAGACUUUUUCGUUGUCUGUCAUUUUGACUGACAGGGUCAUAAAAAUCCGGUCAUAAUCUAUUUUUACCCGUCACUUAAAUUUUUAAAAUGAUAAUAAUGACAUAUUCACUACUAUUUAGUUUUCAUUCAUUUUUAAUUAAUAUUCUGUCCGAACAAGCUUAACAUAGAAUCCACACCGUGCCAUCACACAUCAAGCAGAUGAAUAUGUAACUUUUUCUCCGCCUAAAAAUGUUCAGUUAAAGAGAUGGCUUUAGUGUCGAAGGUUGAAAAAGACGAAAAAAACGAGCCGACCUAAGCAUAGCUUUAGCUUUUUUAUCGACGCGACUGAGAAUGACAUUCUCCUGUUUCAACAAGCUAUCCUUUACCAUCAGCCCUGUCUUUCUUAUAUAUCCUCUGGUUGUCCUACGUCUCUAACCGUUCUUCUACCGUAAUUUAGUUAGCUUUGUGUAGCGAUCGCAAAUGCUACUCAGUGACAGCCAACGAACACUUGUAAUUUUUUCAUUGAUAACAUAUCUUAAUCCUAUAAUUUAUUUACACUUCUUCCUUUCUAAAGUUGUUUUUUUUAUAUAUAUAACAGAAAUGGUAACAGUGGCAGUCAAAUACCAUUGUAAUUCUUUUCAGGUCAUUCAUUGUCAGACAGAAGCAGUACGGCACAACGUUACGCUAAAAAAAAGUUAAAAAUAUAAAAAUGGCUUACCUCUUUGUCCUCUGAAAGACCAUGCCAACCCAACAUAAUGUUUACUGCAUAUGAAACGUGAAUGGAUUCGCCGAGCUGGUGUUAAAGUCCGCGCAAGUUGAUUCGGUCUUCACAUUUUUUUCCUCCCUAGUUUUUGGUUCCGGAAACGUAUGAAGAAAACAUCCUUCAUGUGUCGUAAUGUCUAGAGUCGUUUCUACAAGUUCCAAAAAAGCAAUGCGUGAUCGGUAUGUUCGUUUUUGAAAGAUUACUGGAGAAAAGUAGCACUUUUUACGUUGGGUCUAUGCGAGAGUGGGUCUAUAAUGUCCCACUUCGGCUUUACUUCCGAUUUACGAUGCGACGUCACGGUCUAAAAAUAGCCUGCGUGCGAUACGCUACUGCGUGCCCGCUUGUGCAUAAUCAAAUGUCUCAAGUGGGAUUGCUGCAGAGGCUGUCCUUCAUCCUCUACUGCAUCAGUCCCUCUUUUUUCCACCUCUUUUAUCAACACCAUCGUCGUUUUGGGGCUUUUUGAAGAAACUUCGGACACUCGGUUGCCUUGACAUUUUUCCGAGUAAGGCCAACGACGUCAUGCAUCAAGAGAGACAAUAGCUAAUUAAUAUGCUCACUCGCCGCCCUGUGGUCUGGGGUGUGAAUUGCAACCUGUCAAAAUGACAGAUGGACUUCAGUUUUUUCCAUCACCGUUUUAAAAAACCGGUCAACGACGGAAAAUAUUCGGUUAACGCGACCCCUGGUCAUGACAGAUCUCAGCUACUCUCAAGUUUAACCAGUUUGCAUUAUUUUUAUUGUUUUUCCUUAUUCAGAUUUGUUUCAAUACUACAAUUACAAUUAGACUUCACUUUGAUGGUUAAUGCAGUUAUUGCAAUUUUGUUGUUUUAUCACAAUAGAUUGGUUUAUUUCCAUUUCAAAAACCAGAAGUCAUUCAUUUACGAAUGUGAUUGCACUUUAGUUUACAUAAUUAAAUGUUUAGAUAUUAAGAUUUGAAUGAGGCAAAAUAACAUGCUUUUUCUCUCAAAUAUAUUGUUAUAAUCAUUUGUUUCAGAUGUACUGAAAUUAUUUUAUGUAUAAAAAUUAAUUUGGUGUUCAAAAAGUCUUUUUUUAAAACUUGAGUCUUGAAAAAGAGGGGGUCAUCUUAUAAUCAGGGCCGCCUUAUAUUCGGGCCAAUACGGUAAUAAGCGAAAUAUAUAUUUUUUUUAAAUGAUUUAAGAUUGGUAUGACUAGUAACAACUUGUAACAGGCCGCCUUUUGCCUCUAUGUUAACCUCUACACUGUGACGUGUGUCCAUCUCAUAUCAAGCAGCCGCAUUUGACCUAUUUAAGAGGCUCUUCCUCUUUGGAAAAAAAACGCAAUAAACCCGUCUUCCCGUCGUCUUAAAGUAGCAUCAUGUCGCUUAGGAGUAGUAGUAAUAGUCACCUUGUGAAGGGACGCAUGUACAGUAAUUAGCAUGCUUGUCAUAAACUAUGCAAGUCUCUAGUGCUAGAGCAUGUCCCUCAAUAUCACACAGCUUUUUUUGCACAUCUUUCAAGAUCACCACUGUUUACUUUGUUCACUUCCACUUAAAAAAAACAACUAUAUUUACAGUUGUACACCAGCAAUGCUCAACACUACAGCUGUCAUGUUUGUUUUUCAAAAUGUUUACCCCCUUCAAGAGCAAGAGCAUUGUUUGUAAAUGUGUUGUGACGACUAACUAGCUCAGUAGUAAUAGUAGCAAAAUGCAAUAACGAUCAAACAUUUCUAGUUUUAUACUAUAGUAUGACAUUCGACUGUGAGGAAAUGAUGGCGGGAUGAUCAUAUUUCACACACCAAAUGACAAAAAUACAUGCUGGUAAUAUAUUCACAAAUUCAGAACGAUAAAUGUUAUUUAAACUUGCAGUGCUUAUAUAAUGUAUAUUAUAUAUAGAAAGUCUUGGAAGAGUAUGAAAUGUACUGAAUGUUUUUAAGAAGCCUUAUGAAGAAAAUAAGGAGCUGUAAAAGUGAAUGUCUCCCAAUUCAACUGGAUAUUUUCAAUGUUCACUUUUUUAUUUUCUUGAUAGACCUAUUAAUUAAUGACACUACAAUGCUAAAUGAAAGCACAUCAUGUGGCCAGGUUGUACUUAUGACUGGAAAUAAUUUUUUCAAUUUUUUAAUUUUUUUUUUAGUUUAGGUACAGCCCUACAAUCUGCAAUAAAUCUAUGAAAAACAUGACAAGUUUACUGAGGCUGUUUUUCAUUGUUUUUAAAUGUUUAUGCUUUCGUAUACAUUAAAAAAAACAAUGUCAUUUUAAUCAUUACCCAGCUUUUCUGUUAAUUUAUUUUUCUUGUUUAUCAUGUAUGCACUUUUUUCAUUUUUUUAAUUUUUAAAGAUUUCUUCAACCGAACAAGUGUACAUGUUGCUGGU